AUGGACCAGAUGCAUGCACAGUAUAAGAUAAAGAAUCGGACAGUCAUGAACUAUGUCUUCAGUGUAAUAAUAGGCUUUACAGCGCUAAGCUAUGGCUCAGUGCCGUUCUACAAGAUGAUCUGCCAGGAGACUGGCUGGGGAGGCCAGCCCAUAAAGUCAGCAGCCCACGGCGGCGAUACGUCCGUCGAUCCCUCCGAACGUCUUAAGCCUGUAGAAUCCCACCCACGUAUCCGAAUAACGUUCAACGGCUCCGUAUCUGACGUCCUGCCUUGGAAAUUCGUUCCCCAACAACGCGAAGUCCGUGUACUCCCAGGCGAAACUGCCCUCGCCUUCUAUACUGCAACCAACAAAUCAGCGGAAGACAUCAUUGGCGUAGCCACCUAUUCUGUUACGCCUGGACAGGUCGCCCCGUACUUUAGCAAGAUUCAGUGUUUUUGCUUUGAGGAGCAGAGACUGAAUGCAGGAGAAACAGUGGAUAUGCCAGUCUUCUUCUACAUCGAUCCGGAGUUUACAAAGGACAUCAAUAUGAAGGGUAUCGAGACGGUCACAUUGAGUUAUACAUUCUUCAAGGCGAAGUACGAUAAGGAUGGGCAUUUGACGCCCCGGACCUUUAGUUUCCAGGGACUGAUCUCUUACUCAACAGCCAUGGUCACACCUGCAGAAGAAGAGCAGCUCCGAGAAUUCUACUACAUCUGUUGCCGCAAUGAAGGCUGUACCAUUAACGAAGCCUCAGAACGCAGCCUUCAAUACGUCAUACAGAUCCACAAUGCCAAAAUGUCUCUGACCACUACAGCAUAUCUUGAAGAGGUAUUUCAAAGUAGUAGAUCACGACCUCGGUACUCUUCGACUCCAGAAUACAUUCCUUCUCCCUACGACUACCGAUAUAAUGCCACAGGAUUGCAAGAUAGGUUUUGUGAAUACCUUCAAAGCCAUAAUAGGCCUGCUCCACCUUGCCAGUCUUCCUACCAUCUUCGUACUCAUCCACCUCGUGAGUCUUACUACACCACGGAAGGCCGCCAGCCACCAUCAGCCUAUGAUUCUUACGCGUCGGACUCGACUUACUUUUCAUAUCCCCCAAUACCAGACCAUUUUGAACCCUACGCGUCUCCUGAUUCGCGUACCACCGACUCUCGGCCCUCAUUUUGCUCUGGUACUCGUCCUUCUGUCUUCUACACCCGACGACAACCACCACCACCAUCACCACCACCCCGCUUUACGUUCUACUCGGCGUUUGAAUCAUUCAAUAACUCCUCCCGUGACCGAACACCUCCCUCGUAUCCCUACACCCGACCCUCAUCACCUUGUCGUCCUGUCCCUCCACGACCAGAAGGCGUCCAGCCAACCACAGAUCUAUACACUGUACUCGGUGUUACCCGAAACGCUACAGCGGCUGAAAUUAGGAAAGCUCAUCGAGCUUUGAGUCUGAGAUGGCACCCCGAUCGCCGCACUGAGCAGGAACAGAAAGAAGCGACUGAAAAGAUGGCAGAAAUCAACCAGGCGAAUGAUAUAUUGAGUAAUGAGGUGAAGAGGAGGUUCUACGAUCGAUGGGGUGUGUUGCCUAGUGAAGAUUAG